CUGAACCUUUAGAGUUCAGUCUCAGCUGGACUUUAAACCUCAUUCACAGUUGAAGUGAUUUAAGUAAGGCAGAGAUAUGUGUUUAAAUGUGGGUUUUAUCUCACUUUGCACAGAUAAGUCGAGGACUGGUGUCUAUCAUUUUAAGGUGAACCUGAGGAUAAAGUCCAACUCUAGCUAGGCACGGGCACUGCAAUUCAGUCUCUCAAUCCGAACUCAGCUGUCGGCCAUUGUGUUUGUGUUUCUGCUGCUUGUCAUUCGAUCAGAGGAGACAAAUACAGAGUGGGAGACGGUUCUGGUACAGACAACACAUUUCUACACUGUGUUUCAGGACACAGGUGGCUCUACUUAAUAAAAAGUAAAGGAUGAAGUAUUUGAGAUGCCUGUCGCCAGCAGUGGUUUUGCUGCUGCUUAGUGUGACUGGACUUGACAUGGAGCAUCUCCAAGCUGAAAACCUAAAUCUCCUUUCACCAGAUGAGCAUAAAUUGGUCCUGAACCGUGGAAUGAGAGUGCUGCCCAGAGACUGCUAUGAAAUGCUGAUGGCCUCUUCAGGCCGGGCCAGAGACGGAGUGUACCUGAUCCAACCAGGGGACUCCCCCAUUGUGGCCUACUGUGCCAUGCAGGAGGGAGGCUGGACCGUGGUGCAGCACAUUACUGUGAAUAGCAGUGUGAAUUUUGAUUGCACUUGGGCUGAAUAUAAGAAAGGCUUUGGUUUUAUCACUGGAGAUCAUUGGCUUGGGAAUGACUACCUUCAUCAGCUUACCCGUGGGCCUGCACGCUAUAAACUAGGAAUAAAACUUGUGGACCAAGAUGCUGUCACAAAGAUGGGAGAGUAUGAUCCAUUCCUGGUGGAGGAUGAAGCAUCAGCUUAUAGACUGAGACUGGGGUUGUUUGAGGGAACGACCGUAGACGCUCUGACGCUGGAUACAGAGAACUAUCUCCAUGACAACCAGAAAUUCACCACUAAAGACAGAGACAAUGAUAACUACUUCCAGAACUGUGCCAAACUGGAGUUUCAAGGGGUGCCGGGAGGAGGCUGGUGGUACGACGCCUGCGCCGGCGCCAAUCUGAAUCGCAGAAAUGUCAUCUACUGGCAAAAAGACUGCAACAAGGAGCGGCUGUGCAAGUAUGCAUGGAUGAUGGUGAGACCUUCUGACACAGUGAAACUGAUUCAGAGUGGAGACUGCAAGAAGGAUGAGCUAUAAGGACGUCAUUCCCAGGA